CAUAAUCAAUGGCGAAUACAACUUCAGCUCGCUACUCAAAAUGGCGGGUCAUUCAAAGUUUACGAGAGCGAGAUUUUGAAUAAUUAUAUCAAGCUCCCCGAGAUCCCGAGAUCUCCUUUAUUCGCAUGUCUUAUGUCCUACGUGCAUAUACAUCUUCCUGUCCGGCGUCGAGACCGAGAUCGAGAUUAUCAGGGCUUCGGGAAACCGCGCGUAUUAUCGACCGCGAUAAUUGACGUAAUCCAACUGUCAAUGUCGAGCGUAGCGCGCUCGGUGCCACGCGGCGCGACGAACAAGAGCGUGGACUUGGCUUGCUCGGGCGAUUUUGAGGUUAUGUCGGCCGACAGAUAUUCUCGAUUUUCGUCGUGAUCGUGUCGGGAUAUCGCGAUGUCGCUGCCAAAAGUGUCGCGGAAGGACACGAUGGACGAGUGCCCGAUCGUACCGGACCUGGCAAGGCAUUUCCGGGCGAACAACAAGAGCGGUAUCGUCAGCUGCCUCGCCCAGCUCAAGAGCGACCCUAAACGAUGUAAGGAGUUCGCAACGCGGAGCAGCAGCCUCGAAAUUCUCGUCCAGCUCCUGCGCUGCAAGAACGAUGCAAUAGUAAACAUGAGCCUGAGCAUACUCGCGGACGCUUGCAUGUCCUUCGAUGUCAGGGAAAAGAUAAAAUACAGCAAGAUUGGAAUUAAUGUAGUACCCAUAAUAAAAAAUCUCAAACUGGACACUAAGCUGCACUGCCGCGCUUGCAGACUUGUCAGUAACUUGUCCGAAUGUAGGUGGCAUGUUAAAGAAUUGUGCGAUGCUGGAGUAGUGAAAGCACUUGUUCCACACCUAAUAUUAAAAACCAAUACGCAAACUUAUUGUAUGGCCAUCAGAGCUGUGAGGAAUAUCUGGAGUUUUUAUAUGUAUAUCAGGGAAACAAUGAUAGAAUUGCAGAUUAUCAAACUGGUUACUCAAUUAUUCGUUAAGGCCGAAGAAAAAUCUUAUGAAAACACUAAGCACGCCGAAUUGGUGGAUGCGUGUUUGAAAGCUAUGUAUGCGUUUCUUGUCACUCUAGAUCCGCGCUGCGGCGAGCAGAUGCAGAUAGAUAAGGACAAGCAAGGUUACAAGUGUCUCAUGCGGUGCUGCAACAAGGGAAACAAUAAAAUGGCCAUCAAAUGCCUCUAUCUUCUCUGCCAAAUAGCCGAGUGUCGAUUGGACUUGGGCAUUUCCGGCACAAUUGAGGAGAUCAUAACUUUGAUCAACUCAGUGGAGAGCAGUUCUAAGGAACAACUGUACAAAGAGAUACUGAUUAGUCUAUGCCUGUUCUGUCGAGAAUCGGUGAAUCGGAACAAGAUCAAGAACAGUGAUGGAUUACAGCUGAUCAUAGCGCUGCUGAACAAUUCCAAGCACAAACAUUAUCAUUCUGUAUUGUUACAAGCUCUUGCACAGUUUAUCUACGACGAUAAUGCUCUCGACAUUUUGGCCAAACAUGGUAUAUUGGAUAUCUUGAUAGCAAAAUUGAAGGAUGUGAUUGCUAUAGCGGUGGACGAUGACAAGAAUAACACGUCUAGGAAACGUUUCAGCGAUUAUCCGCCCGAAUAUCAGAAAACGCCUUUGAAAUAUACUCGGACUUACGCGGAAAGAACAUCCAGGUUUAGUAUGGACUUUUAUCGCGACGACUGGAGCCCGAGAAGUUUCACGAGCGCCUCCUCCUCGUCGCCAUCCAGCACACCGCCCUUGCUACUUUGUUCCGAUUCCAAUCCGGAAACUGACGACACCGAGGAUAACGACAUUUACAGUCCGAUCUGCAGUGACACCGAAUGCGGCGACAACGAUGAAGACGAGGAAACAACUUCCUUGAAGAGCUACAAAUCGCUGACGACCGCCGAAGCCGAUUUUGAUUCGCUCUCAACUAGUUCCGAAACCCCCAGCAAGAUGAAUGCUUGUGAAUUCUAUACGUUAGUGUUGUUCAACAGUUUGAGUUUUUACCCAAUCGACGAGUUAGCCGAUCCUAAGAUUAUCAAACCAUUGACGAAUUACAUAAAAUAUACGAAGAAACAAAAUCUCCAAAAAUACCGAAUCACCGCAAUCAAGAUAUUAAUGAGGAUAAUGAAUAAUACGGCUUAUUUUCUACCGCUGCUGAAGCAGGGCCUGGUAUUUGACCUGCAGACUCUGCCGGAAGCGGAGGAUUGCACGCGGCGUUUACGCAUGGUGGCGGAGACCGGCGGCGCCAUCGGUCAACUGUCGUUUAUAUUGCUGCGCGGAGAAGACGAACAAAAGCUGCUGACCGCGGUGUCGAUACCGCUUCUCAUCAAGACACACCACAAUCUUAAAUGCUUACUGGACAAGUAUGGCGGACUACAGUUAAUAUUUCGCUUGCUCGCGGAAUCAUCACACAAACUGCACGAGUCGGCGAUCUGGUCGAUCUGCCAGUUGGCGAGGACAUUGCAGCUUUAUCCGGCCGAUCCAUCGAUUACAGUCACGAAAUCACUGAAGACCAGCGAUUAUUCGAGAUUACCUCGUGACGAGACGACGGAUCAUACGAAGCCGACGGUGUCGUCGAUGGUUACAUUUGAGCUAGAUGACGGCACGACAGUAGAGGCAUGCAGGCGAAUGCUGUGCCGGCGCUCGGACUUUUUUUCCGCCCUGUUGGAAGGCAGUUUUAGUGAGUCGGGUAAGAGACGAGUGCGAUUGAAGAACACAUCGCGCGACGGCCUAAACACAUUGAUACUAGCGGCGAAUGGUGCCGCAUUGGAGCGCGAAAACAUCGAGUCAUUGUUGGACGCGACAGUGUUAGCCGAUAAAUUUCUCAUGUCGGACCUGUUGGACCCGUUGACCGAGACCUCCCUAGCCAAGCUGAAUCACGAGAACUUCUGCCGAGCGUGGCGUUGGGCCAAAAGCUACUCCUGCCAUGAAUGGAGGUCCUACUGCAUCAAGAGUUUCUUGACAAAGAUGUCGUGGAGUGAAACAGUGCAGGCGUUUCGCAAUUUUUAUACUAUCGAUAUUUUCGACGAAUUCUUGCACGAAGUCAGGGACAUAAUCGAAGAUAUGCAGCGUCAAAAUGAUCGCUGGAUUGCGGGCUUUCUUAUCGCAGUGCUCAUGCAAGUUUGCUUGCUGGCAGUCGUAAACACCAAGGAUGUUACAACGAAGGAAAAGAUUACUCCAUCGCAUGCAGAAGAACAAAAAAAGAAGUCCUCGGAUUUAGAAGGUUCAGAGACUUCGUAUUUCGGGACGUUUGCGGCUCAUAAAAAUUCCUUCGGCACUUAUAAUCCUACCGUUUACUAUUCGACAAAUCCGUUGUCGUAUUUUCCGCCUUCGUCAAAUUUCCCAACUUCCACCGAUAAUAUUCAUCAACAAAUUAAGUGCGGCGAUACUUUUUCCCAAACUUGUCAACACUCGCGGUAUCGAAGCUACGACGGUUCCUGCAAUAAUCUUCAAAAUCCCACGUGGGGCCUGGCCAAUACAAGAUAUGGAAGACUCGUACAUUCACGAUACGGUGAUGGAAUUCGAGCACCAACGACUUCGAUCACCGGUGCAGAUCUGCCAUUCGCUCGAACCGUCAGUUUUACAAUGUUCCCUAACGCCAAAAUCGAUGACGUGGUAUGGACCUUGGUAGCGAUGCAAUACGGACAGAUUAUGACGCACGACAUGGGCUUGAUUGACGGCACCACUCAAUCAAAAUCACACCGUACGCGAUGUUGUACGUUCGACGGUCAGCUGGCACCGGGCUGGACGACGUUACCCAAGUGCUUCCCGAUACUUAUACCCGACGACGACCCAGUGUACGACAAGACCCCCAUGCAAUGCAUGAACUUCGUCCGCAGUACGACCGACCUUGAUCGUGGCUGUUCGUCUUCGUACAAGCCGGCAGAACAGUUGAAUACCGUCACUCACUAUUUGGACCUUUCCAUCGUCUACGGGUCCAGCGACGUGGUCGCGGCUAGUUUGCGAGCCGGUUUCGGCGGACGAUUAAAUAUCGAAUUGAAAAAUAACAGGGAAUUUCCACCACCGGCGUCUAAUAAAUCGGCCACCUGCGACACGAUAUACGAUUUCGAGCCAUGCUACGCUACCGGUGAUUCGCGUGCCAAUCAAAACCCGCAACUGACAAUUCUACAAAUUAUAUUGCUCAGAGAGCACAAUCGCGUUGCCGAUUAUCUGGCGCAAUUGAAUCCUUCCUGGAGCGAUGAAACGAUAUUUCAAGAAACACGUCGAAUCGUGAUCGCCGAACAUCAAAAUAUUGCAUAUUAUGAGUGGCUGCCGAUUUUCUUAGGUACUGCACAAGUCUAUGAGAACAAAAUCGUGUACGAUACCAAGGAUUACGUAAAUGAUUACGACGAAACAGUCAUUGCUAACGUUCUGAACGAGCACGCAAAUGCAGCUAAUAGAUAUUUCCAUACGAAUAUUGCUGGCAAUCUUAACUUAGUGACGGAAGGUCGACAAUAUUCCCCCUUCGCUAGUCUAAGAUUGAGCGAUCACUUCAAUAGACCUGGUAUCAUAGAAAAAGGCAACAAUCUGGACGAUUUGACGAGAGGUUUGGCCUAUCAACCACAAAGUAAUACCGAUGUAUUUUUCGAUAAAGAGAUCACGCAAUUCUUUUUCCGAAGGGGAAGAAUUUUCGGAUCUGACUUGCGAGCGAUAGAUAUACAAAGGGAUCGCGAUCACGGACUCGCUUCUUACAACGAUUAUCGCGAAUAUUGCGGAUUAUCACGAGCGAAAAUUUUUGACGAUUUUGCCGAUCUUAUACCUCUUUCGGAUAUACAAAAACUUUCGUUAUUGUACGCUAGUCCGGAUGAUAUCGAGUUGACUGUCGGCGGAUCUUUGGAAAGGCACGUAAGCGGAACGUUGGUGGGUCCAACGUUCCUGUGCAUCAUGUUGAGACAGUUUCAACAAACGCGAAUUGGUGAUCGUUACUGGUUCGAGACAGGCGAUCCGAAACUAGCAUUUACAUUAGAACAAUUAAACGAGUUACGUAAGUCAAGUAUAUCGCGACUGCUCUGCGACAAUGGAGACAACAUCCAGAAUAUGCAAAGAUUAGGAUUCGCCAAAGUCUCCGAGUUGAAUCCACUUCUGAGAUGCGAUGAUCUCCCGCAAAUAGACCUUUCUUUUUGGAAGGAUUAUAGUUUGGAGACUCAGGCAUAUCAAAGCAUUACACCGCUGUAUAAAAGGAAAUGAGUAAAUUUACACAAGCUGAAUAUAUUUUUGGUUCUAAUUAAUUAUGUUACAAAGAUACCAAAAAAUUUAUGUUUACUUGCGCGAAUAAAAAUAGAGAUCAAGUUUGAUUCAAAUUGCAAUGCUUCGAAUAUUUGAGAUAUUUAAAACAACUUUUUAAAAUUGAUAACUAGUCGCCUGAAAUGAUUAAUCGCUAAAUAUAAAAUCUGCUCUCUCAAAAUUUAUUGAAAUUUGAAGCGUGUUCUUGGAAUAUAUAUAAUAUCUCUAUCAUACAAAAUUUCUCUUUUUCUUAAUUCAUUUUAUUUUUUAUUUUUAAACAUAUCUUUAAACAUGUUUUCGCGAGGUGAACCGAGUCCUUUCACAGAAGCCUGAUACUUGGGAAAUUGUUUUAUUCUCAUUUUUUAUAAUACAAGAUCUUAGAGUGUCAUUUGCAUAUUUAUAAUAAACUGCAGAAUCAACUGCCAGAAAUUUUAAAUCUUGUACAGAUAAUGUUCUUAAUUGUAUUCACUGGUAUAAUAUGUAGUAAGUUAGUAAACUUUUAUAGGAUAAAUAAAAAUCUGAUUUUUUAUAUA